AAUGCGCUUCCUAUGGAGACCCGCCCCUGAAUCUGAAUGUGGGCGAGUCUCAGGGUGGGCUCUCCGCACCCUCCACCUCUCCACGUCCUUCCCCGGACCUUGGAGGUCCUGAUCCUGGAAGCAAUUUGGGGAAAUUUGAGGGCGUGACCCUCGCACUAUUUAAGCGGCUCCAAAGGAGCCAAGUCAGAGCUACCGCUGGGGGCGAUUAUUCUUCAAUUACCCUUCCCCCAGCUUUAUUUCCUCCUUCCCUUUUUAAGAAAAAGGUGUGGUUUCUUCCAAGAUGGAUUCUUUCCCCCCAUUCAAGCACCGAAAAACCUUCGCCUCCAGGAAAAGUGAAGUGGCCACAAUCCGGAUGAAGUUUCCUGGCAAACUACCGAUAAUCCUGGAGCGCUACCCCAAAGAGAAAAUGUUGCCAGCCUUGGACAAGACCAAGUUCCUGGUUCCUGAAGACCUCACCAUGGGCCAGUUCAUCACAAUCAUCCGCAACCGAAUGUGCAUUGGGUCCACUCAGGCAUUCUACUUCCUGGUCGACGGCAACCGCAGCCUUGUCAGCAUGUCUUCCACCAUGUCUGAAGUGUACAUGACAUAUAAAGAUGAAGAUGGAUUCCUCUAUAUGACCUAUGCCUCUCAGGAGAUGUUCGGCUGAUGGCAAGUGGGUUCGCCUUUGGAUCCCGAGUUCCUCGUUUAUUUUGUCUGGGCGAUGUGAUCACCUGCAUUUUGGACACCCAACUACCUCUUCUCUAUCUCCCCACCCCACUAGAUUGUGGUUUUUUGAUCUACCGAGGUGAAACUCACUGGGGCAACUGCAAGGAGGCGGGGGUAUGUCUUGCCUCCUUGAGAAAGAGGUACCCCAAACCACACCUUUUCUUAGUAUCGCCAAGACAUGGCCUUCCUUAGCACGCACUACGUCGGGGUCCUGCUUUGAUGGUCAGGGAUGGGCAUGAACCAGUGACCUUCCCAGUGUUGGGCUCCCAACUCUCACCAGCCUGGCCCAAUGGUCAGGGAUGGUGGCGGAUAUAGUUCAACAACAGGAAGGUCACUGGUUCCCUAUCCUUCAAUGGGGGGGCGGUGGCUGGUUAUGUCAUUGCUCCCCCCCCAAUACUCCCCAUUACCAAGUCCAUAAACGGAGAUUGCCUGCCUCCAAUACUCUUUCUUUUGACAUCCGAGGAUGAUGGUUCCAGGGGUUAGUGUGGUGAGGGUUUUGCCCGCUGGAAUGAGAUCAUCUCUUGGAUCUCCUGUGGCAGAUAGGCCAGUGCAACCUUCUUUUUCCAGGCCCAACCACAAGGUUUCAUGUGCAGAGGUGAAGGGGAUCUGGUUUUUCCAUUUAAUUGCAAGCAUUAAGACUUCUGAAAAAGGGAACAUUGGAACAGCUAGGUUUAAAAUAUAAAAUUAUGGUUUACUGUAACGGGGGGGGGGGGUGUCACUUUGUUCAACACUUCAAUUACUUUGUACCUUGCAUGUGUUAAAUCUACCACUCUUGAGUAGAAAAUACAGUUUAAAAACAUGUCGUAUGCCAAAAUCUGCUUUUGUGGGGGGUGGCACUCUUCUCUUCCCCAUGCACCUCGGUUUCCUAAAUGACAUAAUUGGCAUCUAGGUAUUCUGCUUGAGGCCUGAUUCAGAC